AUGGCUAAAGAGACAACAACACCUGAGCCCCGGCGCGCGGGUACCCCGCAACCCAGCAAAUCCACACACUCCCAUAACGAUAACGUCGAUGAAGACUGUGAGGUCGUCACGGUACCUGCGAAUACUCCUGUCACGCCGCAGGGAGAUGCUCUGGAUGCGAAUGACACAGAGAAGACAGUCAAUCCGCAACCCGAUGAUCCCCAUGCUAUAGGCGACGGUACGCAGCCAGCGGUGGGGAGAGACAUCAGUGUGAGGGAGUGUAUGGAUUAUAUGGAUUACAUCGAGCGACUAUCCCACUCCAUCCUCGUCCCGCGCAAAGUGAACCCUCGUGUCAUCCUCUCCCGACACGUCCCCAGCUCCUCCAACCCAGCACCACAAUUCCGUGCAUACGUUCUUGCUGGUGAAGAACGCGCUCGAAAGAACAUCUUCAAAGUGGAGGGCCUUAUAGGAGAGGAUUCUCAGACGAGGGAAGAGGCGUUGAGGAGUUUGAGGGGUCUGGUGGAGGAUAAAGCAGCCGGGGAGAGGUAUGACGAAAGGGAUGAUGGGUACGACCAGGUUGCAGGCGAUGAUGAGGAGGCUGGCGAGGGAGAUGGGCAGGGCAAGGCUAAGGGAAAUGAGAAUGACAAGAAGAGGAAGAGGGGAAAGCAGGAUAAAGGGAAGGAGAAAGCGCAAGAGGAGGUUGGAAGGAAAGAGGCACCCGCGGAUAAGACCAAGGCCAAGACCAAAGUGGGAAAUCAUAGCAAACCUGUGAUUGAGAAGAAGAGAGACGAUGCAGACACCAACGGCGAAAAUGCGAACCGCAACCGCGCGACCCAUAAGCCAAACGCAAAGGCUGCACCGCAGCCACAAGCUAAAUCGCAAAAGGGACCCCAGGCAUCCGGUAAGUCGGUGGUUGCGACUGAAGCCGAGAAAGAGAAAUCCUCCGCCGUCGAUAAGAAUGCAAGCGGCGGGAAACAACAGGGAACGGAAGGCGGUGUUGGUGAUGUGUCCCCGUCUUCUGAAUCCGAUGAAUUGUCUUCGGUCGUGGACGAGGAAGAGGAGGGAGAAGGAGACGGGGAUGAUAAAGAUGAUUAUGACGAAUUUCCGGCCAAGCGGCAGAAGAGCGGCGAAAGUGCUCCUGAGAGUGCGGGAAAUAGGCCGGGAUUGAGGUCUGCGCGAACGAGAGCGCCACAGAAAGCUCGCCGUUGA